AUGGCUGUAAUUCGAAAUGUCGCAGUUGCUGGUGCUUCCGGCAACAUCGGAUCAUAUGUUUUGAAGGCGCUCCUUCAGGCUAACUUUAAUGUUACGGUCCUUACACGUUCCCAAAAGCCUGGCGCUUACGAUUCCAAAAUCACGGUAAUAGAGGUGGAUUUCGCCUCUGUGAGCUCUUUGACAUCAGCUCUUCAAGGUCAGGACGCUAUUGUAUCGACUGUUGGAAAAGCUGGCUUAGAAGCCCAAAAACUUCUAAUCGAUGCAGCCAUUGCCGCUGGUGUUCAGCGAUUUAUUCCUUCAGACUAUGGAGUGUGCACGACUAGCCCGAAGGUUUUAGGCCUUCCCUUCUAUUCCACGUUGGCAACCGUUCGGCAGUACCUCGCAGAUAAGGCAGCCACAAGUGCUCUGUCCUAUACCGUUGUGGCGAUUGGAAGCUUUCUAGAGUACGUGUUGAUGACUCCCGCAGUUGUCAACUUUAGAGAGCACUCGGUUGCUUUCAUGGACGAAGGCAAGAAUAGAAUCAGUACUUCGCCCCUGGCAAGCAUUGGGACGGCCAUCGCCGGUGUUUUCAAGAAUCCGGAUGAGACUAAAAACCGUGUCGUCUACGUCUCGGCGACAAUUUUGACGCAGAAACAAAUCUUUGACAUUGCAAAAGAAAUCAAGCCCGAGAUAACAUGGACCGUUACCAACACCAAAGCAUCAGACAUUCUAAAGGAAGGCCUCGAUGCAGUCGCCUCUGGAGACGGCAGCUUGCAAGCUGUGGGGAACAUAUUGAUCGGCACUGCCUUUGGAGGCGACGAAUAUGGCUGCGCAUAUGACAACAACGAUAACUCGCUCCUUGGUAUCGAAACAGUUACUCAUGAGAAGCUCAAGAGCUUGAUCGCUCAGCACCUUAAUUAA